AGUAGUAUUAAAAUAAAUAAACUCUAACAAAAUGCACGGCAGAGUAAAAGUACGAACAACUGAAGAAGAAAAAGCAAGAAUAGAAAAAGAGAGACAAGAAAAAGUAAAGGUUUUUAAAAAGUUAAUGCUAAAAAUACAAUAUAAGAGGAAAGAGAAUGAGCUUGACACAGAGUUACUUGAGCUUACAGGCAAGGUUUUAAUGUCUAAUCCUGAUAUAAAUACACUAUGGAAUAUAAGGAGAGAAACAUUUCUGCACAUUAGAAAAGAUUAUUCAGAAGAAGAUUUGACAAAAAUGUAUGAUGAUGAAUUAAGCAUUACACAAUAUUGCUUGAAAAAAAAUCCUAAAUCAUACUGUGCAUGGCAUCAAAGGAUGUGGGUGUUAACAACAAGAUCAGAUCCAGAUUGGACAAAUGAACUUGAUCUAUGUAACACAUACCUUAAACUUGAUGAAAGAAAUUUUCACACUUGGAAUUAUCGUCGGUUUGUCGUCAGUCAGUGUCAACCUCCAUUGCAAGAUGAAUUUGAUUACACUACAGAGAAGUUACUUGACAAUUUCUCUAAUUAUUCCGCAUGGCAUUACAGAAGCAAAAUGCUAUUGCAACUAUAUCCAGAUGUUAAAGGUGGACGUCCUAUACAAGAUAUACAUCAUAAGCAUGAGUUAAAAAUGGUGAUAAAUGCAGCAUUUACAGACCCCGAUGACACAAGCGCUUGGUUCUAUCAGAGAUGGUUAUUAGGUGCUGUUAAAACUAGUAUAAACCUUGUUGCGUGUGCCGUUACCGAAUCUAAAAUAACAGUUGCAUUUAGCAAACCCGUGCCACUUGGCUAUGUACAAUCAAGUACACAAAUUUUUAUUAAUAAUAAUGUUUUGAACGGUGAAUGGAUUUCUUGUUGUGGAUACCAGUAUGAUAGUUUAUGGAUUCUUAAACAAAAAGUGGAUUUAAUGGGUGAUAUGGAUAUAAAGGCCGAAUAUGAAGAUGAAAAUAAAGAAAGAAUAGUUAUUAAAUGUAUGAAAUAUAAAGAAAAAAUGUAUAUUGGUAAGGGUAAAAUUAGCUUCGAAAAUAAAUAUUCGCAGCCCGUGGUUGAAGAAUUGAAUGACCAACUUAAAUCAUGUCGGCAACUGCUCGCGUUGGAACCAGACAAUAAAUGGACUCUUUUAACUACUACUGUCUUUUUACAUUGUAUUGAUGCAAAAUUAAAUCACAAAGAAGCAAUAAAUAACUUAGAAAUUUUAAAAAAGUUGGAUCAUCAAAGGGCUGGAUACUAUAGUGAUUUGAAAUCUAAGUGGUGUAUAGAAGAACAAUUGCCCAUAGAUUAUUGUUUAAACUCUAUGGUCUUCAAAGUAAAGAUGUCUGAUAAAAUUACCUGCUUACCUCACUUGCAAUACUAUAGCUUUUGUGAAGAAGUUGAUCUAUCGAACCAGAAUUUAUGCUCAAAUGUACUGCCUUCGUUAAUAUUACUUCAACAUUGUAAGAUUUUGAUUUUAAGAAACAAUAAGCUCGUAACAUUAAAAGGGUUUCCAAAUAUUGAUUUGGAAAAGUUAGAUGUACAAGGCAAUGAUGGGAUCAAUGUUGAAGAAUUGAAACAAUUUAAACAGGAUCAUAAGUUUGUUACGAUAUUUUAAUAACUUUCAAAUGCCAGGCG